CUACUUGCGAUUGUCACACCACUUCUCUCCUCUUUGGCCACUAACAAGACUAAAGCAAAGGUGGGAAAUCAAAUUUCAGGACUGCUCUUCCAGGAAAUACGUCUACCACCACCUCCAGCUGUGUCAGAAGCCAUAAUUUUAGUCAGGAGGAAACGAGAGGCUAAAAAACCCCAACAUCUGGCGCCCUACGUGGGGCACGAAGAACUCAGUUCACCAAGAGUGAGAGUAUGGAGCCAAGCCAAGCGACUUUUCCGAGAUUAAUUAGUCUCCAUGGAAAUCUUGAGUGCUAAAACAUCCAAGAAAAUUGACGCUAGCUAGUGCUUUUCGCCAUGUCGCUACUACUCCGUGCCAAGUGUUUUCAGCGCCUCACAAUUUCUGGUUUUGUGAGAGAUUUGCAUAGAGAGCACAGAACAGCAACCCCUCAGAAUUUCUCCAACUAUGAGUCCAUGAAACAGGACUUCAAAUUGGAGGUUCCAGAGUAUUUCAACUUUGCUAAAGAUGUCCUGGACCAGUGGACCAAUAUGGAGAUGGCUGGACAGAGGCCUUCCAAUCCAGCCUUCUGGUGGAUAGAUGAAAAUGGAGACGAAGUGAGGUGGAGUUUUGAGGAACUGGGAUCUUUGUCCAGGAAAUUUGCCAAUAUACUUACAGAAACCUGUUCCCUGGAAAAGGGAGAUAGAGUAAUUGUGAUUCUGCCUAAGAUCCCAGAGUGGUGGCUUGCAAAUGUGGCCUGUUUGCGAACAGGGACAGUUCUUAUCCCAGGAACUACUCAGCUGACCCAGAAAGACCUCCUCUACAGACUACAGACUUCAAAAGCAAAGUGCAUUAUUACUGAUGACUCACUGGCCCCAGCAGUGGAUGCUGUUGCACCUACAUGUGAAAAUCUCCACUUCAAGCUACUUGUGUCUCAGAACUCCAGAGAGGGUUGGGGGAACCUCAAGGAGAUGAUGAAACAUGCCAGUGACAACCACACCUGUGUGAUGACAAAACAUGAUGAGAUGAUGGCCAUUUACUUUACCAGUGGAACAACUGGACCUCCUAAAAUGAUUGGACACACCCAUAGCAGUUUUGGUUUAGGAUUAUCUGUAAAUGGAAGGUUCUGGCUGGAUUUGACACCCUCGGAUGUGAUGUGGAAUACCUCAGACACAGGCUGGGCAAAGUCUGCAUGGAGCAGCGUUUUUUCUCCCUGGAUCCAAGGAGCAUGUGUAUUUGUACACCACUUGCCCCGUUUCGAGUCAACUUCCAUCCUGCAGACACUCUCCAACUUUCCCAUCACUGUCUUCUGUUCAGUGCCAACUGCAUACCGAAUGCUUAUACAGAAUGAUAUGAGCAGCUAUAAAUUCAAAAGUUUAAAUCACUGCGUGAGUGCUGGGGAGCCAAUCAACCCAGAGGUGAUUGAACAAUGGAGAAACAGGACGGGCCUGGAUAUCUACGAAGGAUACGGACAGACAGAAACGGUGCUAAUCUGUGGAAAUUUUAAGGGAAUGAAAAUUAAACCUGGCUCAAUGGGAAAACCUUCUCCUGCUUUUGAUGUUAAGAUUUUAGAUGAAAGUGGCAAUAUUCUACCUCCUGAACAAGAAGGAGAUAUUGGAAUUCAAGUUCUACCUAACCGACCAUUUGGCCUUUUUACUCAUUAUGUAGAUGAUCCUUCAAAAACAGCUUCAACUCUACGAGGCAACUUCUAUGUCACGGGUGACAGAGGGUACAUGGAUAAAGAUGGAUAUUUUUGGUUUGUUUCAAGAUCGGAUGAUGUCAUAUUAUCCUCUGGUUAUCGGAUUGGGCCAUUUGAAGUAGAAAGUGCCUUGAUGGAGCACCCUUCGGUUGCAGAGUCAGCUGUUGUCAGCAGCCCUGAUCCCAUCAGAGGAGAGGUUGUAAAAGCUUUUAUUGUUUUGAACCCUGAUUAUAAAUCACAUGACCAAGAACAAUUAAAAAAGGAGAUUCAGGAUCAUGUAAAAAGAAGUACAGCACCUUACAAAUACCCAAGAAAGGUAGGCAUCCUAUUUAUGAUGAAUAUUUGUUCAGUGUUAUGGAAUUUUUUUCAACUGUUUAUUUUCUCCUUUUUAAUGAACACUCUCCUCAAACAUGCUACAUAAAGUGUUUCAAAUUGAACUAAUGAUGUGUAAAUAAGAAUCUGAAUUUUUAAAAUUAAACUCUUAACUUGGCUCAGUGAACUUGUGGUAAAUACUAAAUAUCAAGAAAAAAUCUACUCAACAAUAUCCCCUUCCCUAUUUGGUUACCCAAAACCCACAAGAGGUGUCCUAAUCUUUUCAUCUAGAAUUCAUAAUAGAACCACUAUAUAAAUGGCUUUAUCUAAAGAUAAAGACUAAUUAGAUUAGACUAAUUAGACUAA